AGCCCAACAGGAGCAGCCGAGCCUGUUCGAAACCGGAUUGCAGCUUACUGGCUGGGAAUAGACGGCGGCCACCACCACGACGGCGGCAGCGGCAGCGGCAGCGACGGGCAGUGCCCUGCCAAUCUAUCCCUUUGCUUCAGUCUCCGCAACAACAUGGCGUCGCGCGUGGCCGCGAUGGCGCUCACCGGCGCCCGUCCUACGCCCCACGCAACCGCUGCCGCGGCCGACACCAAGUGCCGCGCGUGGAGGACGCAGCUUAGCCUCCACCGACGCGGCACUCGCGGCCUGAUCGCCCGCGCCUCCCACCGCCUCCAGCAGCAUCCCUCCUGCGCGGCUGAGGAGGGGGUGAUACAGUGGCUGAGGAGGGCGGCCGCGGCGCUGGCCAUCGCCGCCCAGAUUUCCAUAUCGCUGCCGGCGAACGCGGUGCUCUACUCUCCGGACACGGAUUUGCCGAGGACCGGGGAGCUGGCACUGAGGAGGGCCAUCCCCGCCAACCCAAAUAUGAAGGCCAUACAGGAAUCGCUGGAGGAUAUAUCCUACUUGCUGAGGAUACCACAGAGGAAGCCGUAUGGUACCAUGGAGGGCGAUGUGAAGAAGGCCAUGAAAAUUGCAGUGGACAACAAGGAGGCAAUCUUGGGAAGCAUACCUGUAGAGCACAAGGAGGAGGGCGCCAAGCUAUAUACUUCCCUGCUUGAAGAGAAGGGAGGUUUGCAAACUCUUUUGAAAUAUAUCAAGGAUAAUGACCCUGACAAACUUUCCAUAGCACUUGCUUCGUCUCUUGAUACUGUUGCUGAAUUGGAGCUGUUGCAGGCUCCUGGCUUGUCCUUUCUCCUGCCUCAACAGUAUUUAGAAUACCCAAGGCUAACAGGAAGAGGAGUUGUUGAAUUCACAGUUGAAAAGGGUGAUGGUUCAACAUUCUUUCCAACUGCUGGUGGUGACCCCAAAAGUAUUGCUACAAUUCAGGUCGUCAUUGAUGGAUACUCUGCCCCGCUGACUGCUGGAAACUUUGCGAAAUUGGUUUUGGAUGGGGCAUAUGAUGGGGUGACACUGAAAUGUGCAAGUCAGGCAAUUAUUGCAGAUAAUGAGACUGGGAACAAAGGCUACACCGUGCCAUUAGAGGUUAUGCCUGCUGGACAAUUUGAACCACUAUAUAGAACUCCGCUAAGUAUUCAGGAUGGAGAAUUGCCAGUCCUACCGAUGUCUGUAUAUGGUGCUGUUGCCAUGUCACAUAGUGUGGAUUCAGAUGAAUACUCAUCACCAAGCCAGCUCUUCUUCUAUCUUUAUGAUAAGAGAAACUCUGGUUUAGGAGGAAUAUCGUUUGAUGAAGGACAAUUUUCAGUUUUCGGGUAUACAACAGGUGGAAGAGAAGUUCUGUCACAGAUUAAGACGGGAGAUAAAAUUCGUUCUGCCAAGCUUGUGCAAGGCAGAGAACGCCUUGUGCUACCAACAGCAGCGGCCGGAGAAAGCUGAUACCAUCAACUCAUCGACCCCAAGCAUUGCAGCAUUCUUUUAUUGAUCAGGCAACUACAUUUUGUAUAUCAAAGCCAGUAAACCUGACCGAGCAAUUCAUCAAAUAUAUAUAGAAUCAUUGUACAUGAAACCA